ACUUCAGUUUGGAGUCUUCUUGUUCUGUCUCUCCUUUUUUACAACUUGAGUUGUGCUUUGCUUCUGUUUUUGGUAUCAAAAAUGGAAAAGAUUGAGUUUCUGGGUGAGAUUCAAGUCACCACAGAGAGGCUAAUCCACAGCAACGGAGUUCUAGCUAUAUUCACCUUAUCCCUAAGAUGGAUCGCGUCUUUGGCUGCUGUUUUGCUGAUGAUUUUGGAUGGAACGAAAUGGAAGUACUCAAACAACAUGUUGACUUCACUAUUAGCUCCUUACCUCUUUGCUAGCCUUCCUCUCGUUAUCUUCCAUUUCUUAAGGGCUACAGAAUUUGGGAAGUUGAUGGCACUCCUCGCAGUUGUUUUCAGGCUUUUCUUACCAAAUCAUUUUCCUGAAUCGCUAGAGAUACCAAGUGCAACGGUUCUUCUUAUUGUGGCUACACCAAUAGAGUUGGUGGCUGCAUUCAGAGACGGCCUAAGAUAUACGGGAGCUAAUUUAUGCCUUAUCGGUAGCAUUUUUCUUCUUAGUAAACACAUUAAAGCUUGUGAUGGAUACAAAAACGCAUUCACUCACAAGGACAAAAUCACUUACACCAUUUGUAUUUUUAUUCUCGUUUUCUACCUUCUGUUCACCUCAUUUGCUUCCUUAUUCUACUAAGGAACCCAACGGUCUUGCUCAUACUGACAGACUGUGAUUGUUAGUCUUUUAAGUAUAUCAAGAUUUUGAAUCUUUUUCUUUUAAAGGUUUUCAAAGAUUUGUAAAUAUAUUUAGAUUUUGAAUCUUA